AUGGCUAACCAGCAGAAGGAGAACGAACCGGCGGUGGACGUGUACAUUCUGCUAGAGGGCAUUAAGGGUCCCGUCACCGAGCCCGGGCACGAGGGCUGGAUCAAGGGCCUGUCGGCGCAGUUCGGCGUGGGCCUCGCUGUGGGCGGCCGCAACCGCCGCUACCGCCGCAACCAGACGCCCGAGCAGCUCGAGGCCGAGCGCAAGAAGAAGGAGGACGAGGAAGCCGAGGCCAAGGCCGCCGAGGAGCGGGGCGAGACCGAGGAGGAGGCCUGGGAGCGCAAGGUCAGGUCCAGCGUCAACUGCUCGUCGCCGUCGGUGAGCGAGAUCACCGUGACCAAGGAGAGCGACGCCGCGUCGCCGGUGGUCUUCCACCACACGGUCCUGCGCAAGCCCGUGCGCCGGGCCGUGGUGGAGGUGGUCCAGCGCUCGGACAAGGCGACCACCCGCUUCGAGAUGGACACUGUUUUUAUUUCAGGCUUCUCGCUCUCGAUCGGCCGCAAUAACAGGCCGCAGGAGUCGAUGUCGCUCAACUUCCAGAGCAUCACCUUCGGCGUGCGGAUCGGGGAGCAGGCCACGACGAGCGGGUACGACCUGACCGACGAGGUGGUGUCUCUCAAUGGUGAGCCGUCCAAGCCCUUCUGGGAGAAGAAGGACGGUGACGACAAUGACUACUGA